AUGAAACAAGACUGUAUUAAAUGUCAAAAAUGUGUUAAAUUAUCAACGUGUCAUGGAUGUCAACAAAUAUUUUGUAAUGAACAUAUUAUCGAACAUCGUGAAGAAUUAGCUCAUAAAAUCGAUAAUAUACAUAAAGAAUAUCAUCAAUUUGACAAUAAAUUAAAUACAAAUAAUGUAAUUCAACCUUAUAUUUCACGUAUCGAUCAAUGGGAACAUGAAUCAAUAGAUAAAAUUAAAAAAACAGCCGAAGCAGCACGUAAUGAUUUAUUAAAAAUUCAUGAUCGUAUGAAAAAUCAAUUAAAAUUAUCUAUUGAUAAAAUAAAUAAAGAUAUUCAAUCAACUCGACAAACAAUAGAUUAUACAGAAAAUGAUUUAAAUGAAUGGACAAAACAAUUAACACAACUUCGUCAUAUACAUAAAAGUUCAUUUAAUGAUGAUGUUAUUGAUGAUAGUCAAGGAUCUAUACGAUUAAUUAAAAUUAUUGAUGAAAAACAAUCAAUUUUUCCUGAUGGAGUAGAAAUUAUACCACGUGAAAAAUUCAUUAAAAUUCCUGAUAAAAUUCCAACAUUACAAGAUGAUCAGAAAAAACAACGUAUAAUAAGAAUUUCCGUAUCACGUGAUAGUUCUACAGCAACAUGUCUAAAACCUGGUUGGAAUGGUGCAACUAUUUGUUGUAAAAAUCUAUAUAUUUCUGGUAUUCAUUCAAUUCGUUAUCGAAUAGAGAAACAAGGAGCUAAUAAUCCAUUUUUUGGUAUUACAUCAGCUUUAAAAGAACCAAAUCCAUGGAAUCGUAAAACUCCAUUAGCGUAUGGUUGGUGGGAAAUUCCUGUGCCUAAUGAUAAACUAGAUAUUUACAAAGGAAAUAAUGAUACAAAAGAAAAUAAUGAUAAAAGAGAAAAGACAAAUUUCAAAGAUUUUUGUAUGAGAACAGGUGAUGAGAUAACAUUAACAUUAAAUUGUACCAAUAAUGAAAUUGAAAUUGAAAAUCAUCGAACAAAACAAUAUAUUUAUGAAAGAGUUGCAUAUGAAAAAUGUCCUUUUCCAUGGAGAAUUGCUAUUGUUUUAUAUUCUCCAGGUGAUUCUAUUAGUAUUUUAUCAUAG